GUUCCCGGUCCAGUUCCAUCAGAACCAACAAAGGUGAAUAAAGAUGUUAUUUACGGCUCAGUUAUUGGGGUCCUUGGCCUGAUUCUCGCUGUCAUUGCCGUUUUCCUUGCCUAGAAACACCGCAGGCGUAAGUAGACUUAAUUACUUUACUCAGUUGUUUAAUAUUCUGAUACGAGAAGCUAGUUACUGAGAUGUAUGAAUUCUGGACGGUCGAUAAAGAGACAUUCGAUUGAAGAAAAUAAAGGAAACUAAGAAAGGAAAAGGACAGAAAAACAGCAAUGGAUCGGACAACUUGCAACAGUGUAAAUGUUUCUGAAAAUCUUUCAGUUCAUGACAUCAAUCACCAAUUUUUAUUCGAUGUUAUUAUUACUACCUAAAAGUGCUCACAAGUGAAGGAACUUCAAUUGCGUCAAUUAUUGAUGAGGAUAAAUAUAUGUUGCAGUUGUUUUCUCUUUAUCUGAUAUCAUUUCUUAAUUUUUUUCCACACUUCUUAGGUGAAAGAGAUGAUCGACUUAAUGCAGGUACUAGGAGGUCACCUACUCUUAAAAUUAACGAGGGAUUUGAACUGGAAAGCAUCAAUGGAAACCUUAGCACCGUCGCGCAUCAUGGCCCAGGACAUUACAUGGACGUGAAUGAAGUUAGAUCACUGAAUGGACCUGCCACAGACCCAACAGGAAGCUAUUUAGAAGAAAACGAAUAUGCUCCCCUGCAUCCAGGAACCCGCUCGUGGGAAGUGGAAAGAGAAAACGUUACAAUUGAAAAGGUGAUCGGAAAAGGUGCCUUUGGUCAAGUCGCUCAAGGAAAAGCUUCAAACCUACGAGGAAGAGAGGAGACAAUAACAGUUGCCAUAAAAUUGCUGAAAGGUAACGCCAGAGAUUUAGAGAGGAAAGAUUUGCUGUCAGAGCUUGAAAUCAUGAAGAAACUCAAGCCCCAUCCUCACGUCAUCAAAUUGCUGGGAUGCGUCACUAAAUCAGGUGAAGGAAAUAAAAUUUUGAAACUUGUCAGUUUAUGUCUGCUCGUAUCACCCAGACAACUAAAGUAUGAAACAUAGUUAGGAUUCGAUGCUCAAACUUACUUAAACUGACAUAGUUUAUGAUUUAUUGCUCUCUCGCUGCACCUAAUUCCGUCAUUGUUGAUGCCACAGCAUUGACGAAGGGCGUUUGUACCAUGUGAACCAAGUAAAUAAUGAGUUUUCGCUACGAGCUCCCUUCAACUUGCAUGAUUUUAGUGUAUU